AGAUGAGUUGUCAUUUAUUUGACUUAUAAAUAAUCAUUUUCCGUUACAUACGUAUGGUAUUUAAUGUCAUAGCGACGUACUACGCAAGACAGACCAAUAUUGUCUCACGUGGAUAUGUCAUUUCUUAUCUUUACAAGUACCUGAGUGUAAUAACAUCAUGGCGAGUAUCAUCGAGGAAAUAUCUCAAUCCAUGAAUAACAGAGGAUAUGCAGCUCCAAAGACAUCGAUAUCCUACGAGGAGAUAGCAACGAAACUUCUCAACGAGAAGCUUUUCUUGACGGCUUUGGAACUGCAUGCUGAAUUAUGCGAAGCUGGCAAGGAGCUGCCCGUCCUUAAGGAAUUCUUCUCAAAUCCAAACAAUUUCGAGAGCUCCAAUAUCAAACCAGAGCCAUAUACUUCAAUGCCCAGAUCUUCUAGUCAGGCUACUUUGGAUUCGUUGGAUAUGACUCGAUAUUCAGAGGAUGGAGCUGGCGUCGACGAAAGAGUAGCUAUUCUUGAAUUUGAAUUACGCAAAGCCAAAGAAAAUAUUUCUGCUCUGCGUGCUAAUUUGACUGUAGUAACAGAAUUGGAGGGUACGUUGAAAACCCCAGACAAGAACUCUGAAAAAAAUUUGGUUACUGAACUGCCCAUAAAACCGCAUGAACAACGAGCACUGAAUUUUCUUAUCAAUGAAUAUCUGUUGGCAAGAUCAUACAAACUCACCUCGAUCACAUUCAGCGAUGAAUGCGAAGAACAGGAUUUCGAGGACUGGCAAGAUGUGGGGUUAAAUAUUCCCAAACCUACGGAAUUGUUGCAGAUAUAUCGAGAAUACAUGAGAGCCAACGGAUAUGACAAACUUCCAUCUAUAAGCGUUGCUGUGCAAACGGACUUUGUUAUCGAAGAUGUUGAGGAACAGAAGGAUGAAUCUUUGGAAAUGGCUGAACAGAUUGAAAGGUUACAGCAGCAAAUUGCAGUGUUGGAGCAAGAGAAAAACGCUCUCCAGGAAGUUAUUUCAUCAAAUAAGGAAAUUGUUAUAGAAAAUCCGGUAAAGUCAGGUAGCUGUGGAACUAUCCGUACCAUUAAUUCCAACUCUACAACUCCUGAUAAGUUUGAACUACUUGAACCAUUACCAAGAGAUAUGUCAACCACUACUCAGGAACCAGAGGAAGACGAUAGCGUUUCUGCAAUAGUUAGUCUGGAUGAAACAGAUCCAGGAGACAAAGAGUGGACCAGACUGCAGUUGCCUAGAGUAAAUAUUACAGAGAAAUCCUCUGCCCUACCAACUGCAUCCUCCAGAAAUUUGCCGAGCAAAUUCAAGUUGGAAAUAGUGACACACUGCAUGGCGAAUGUUUCGGGAUCAUUAAUAUCCUCGAUGGGAGAAUCAUUAAAGCAUGGAAUCACCCGAGAUACAUUAGUUGACAUUUUAGCAUAUACUCUGCCACGUGUAGUACCCAACAUUAUCCUUAAUAGACGCGAAGAAAUUAUUCCUCUGAUCCUUAGUGCAAUUCAUCUCCAUUCCAAUUCCAGCGAGAGGGAUAAGUUAUUACAAAUGCUAUUCAACUUAAAGAAAAGACCGCAGGAGGAUGAGCGACAAAUGAUAUUAGCCGGUUUAAUUGUCAUGGCAAAGCUCGCAGAAGAGUCACUGGAAACGGAAGAAAUUCUAACAAUUUGUUGGGAACAAAGUCAGCACAAGUAUCCAGAGAGAAGAUUAUUAGCUGUCGAAUGUUGCUCUGUGUUGGCAUCCAACACAUCAGUUUCUAUCAGAAAUUCACUGAUGCUGUCAAUGUUGCAACAAAUGUUAUUGGAGGACAAAGAUCCUGUCGUACGAACUAGUGUAGUGAAAAGCCUCGCGCUACUCAUAGCUUUGAUGGAUGAUCCUGAUAAAUACUUCCAAUGCGAGGAAUUGGUGUUGACAGCACUCCACGACACGUCGUCGAUGGUUGUCGAGACAGCAUCGUCGAUAUUAUUACCGGUUUUGGCACAGUGGGCAUUAUCCCUGAGAAGGCUGCAUUUAAACCUAUUACCACGCAUAAUCUCGAAAGUUAAGAAUCAGUUAAAGCCGAUUCACUCCCAGACUUCGCCAAACAAAAAAGACUAUGUCGACAAAGAGAAAUUGACGCCAUCGAUCAGUAUUUUGCAGUGCAUCUUACCUUAUACAGUCUUGUGCGUUGCCAAUACUGAUGCGGUGCGAGCCUGCAUCAAAGAUGAUACGUCAUCAGACUUGUCCGAGGAAUUUCUGGCGUUGUGUCACUCCAAUAUCAUCGAUCCGAGAAUAUUCUACGAGGAUUCCAUCGACGUGGGUGUCCUUCUCAAUACCUUCUUUUCCAACUCUUGGGAGAACGCAUCUUGGCCGGAAUUAGAAUGGUUUUCGAACAAAUUAGUAGUUGAAGUUUUGGAUAUGGUGAAAUCUGUGGAUGCAGCUCAAGAAAACGUUCUAAAAGCCCUUCUCACGUACAUUUAUUCAUUGUGUGUGAGUUUUGGAAAAUACAUUACACCAUCUAGGAUACAAGCAGUAUUUUCUUUGGAAGUAUUAGAACUUGAGAAGAAAUUGACAGCAUUAUCAGUAGACAAGAAGAAUAUGAGCCUUCCAUUGAUCCCAAGUUACUUAGUGAUUCUAAGUACUUCCGAUUUCACGGAGCUCGCAAACUAUUUCAAACAAUUCCUCGUAGUUUUAUCUAUGAGCGGCACUAGUAUAUCUUGGUUGCAAAUCGCAGCUAAUAUUUUAUGCGGUCGUGAACAGACACAAGAAUACGUGCUUUCUAGUCUAUGGGAUGGUGUAAUGCAUCAGAGAUCCUCUGUAAGAUGUGCAACAGCAACAUUAUUCGGUUCCAUUAUAGCGCACAUUUCAGACCAACUAGCAAACGCCAAGAUCGUACCAGCCAUUGUAACACUCGCCAGCGAUCCUGAAGUUGAUGUGCGUUGCGCUGCAAUCUCUACGCUAGGCCGUAUAAUAACGGAAUGCAAGGUGAGAGAGGCACGUGAUAAAGGACGUUUAACAUUGGAGACAAUCGCGAAGGAUCCUCAAGAACUCUCUCAAACUUUGGCAACAUCAUUAGUAUCCACGUUUGCAGUCAUCGCUCCUACUUGUCCGCAGAAUUAUAUAGAAAACAUAAUAGCAAUGCACUUAUCGACGAUUGCAUCGUUCGCGCUUCAGCAGAGCCAUAAGAUUGAAUUGAUAAAUGCGUUGGUAGAAGCAUACUCUGUGCUGGUUUACUGUCCGUUAAGUAGUCAAUGCGUUUCCGGAGUAGUACUACCGGGGUUAAGGCAUCUUGAGACAUUAGUAAAUCAACGUCUACCUCAGCAAAGAGAUGCAGUGCGUUCUCUACUCAGAGAAGCGGAGUCCAAGCAAGAUCUAUCAAAGCCGAUAGACAGGACACCCUCGAGUUCCGGACUUUCCCUGUCGAUGGCGACGGUGAAUGUCGGUCAAGGUGUCGAGGACAUGCGUCAGAGGAUGAGCAAGAUUUUUCAACAUAAAACCGGAUCACCUAGCAUACCGAAUAUUUUCCGCAAGAAAUAAACUACUCUUUGUCUUAUGGCGAAAUCAUGACAGAAUCGAGUGUCACGUCGGUGAAAGGCUCGCAAGAGCAAUCAAUAAGGUUGUUAUUAGACAUAAAUGUAUAAUGUUGUUUUAACGAAUGUUAACUUAUUUUUUUAUUGCGCUAGCUUUGUAAGUGGACAUGUAAAUUAUUUUGUUUAAAUAUUAACACGAUCUAAGGAACUCGGAGAUGAAGAAUAUGAACGUUUUUCAUGUUUGAUAAAA